GGAUCUUGUGAGUCAUUAGAUUGAGUCAAUAGGUUUGUCAGUCAGGGGUCAGGGUCCACGUGGUGAGGUUUGGAACCACUAACCCGGUUGUACGCUUAUCACCAUGGUUGAGACCCGUACUGGGUUAGAGACUAGCCCCUAUAGUAAGGAGCAGCAAGAAAAGAUGGCCGCCUUAGUCCAAGAGAAUAGGGAGAGGAAAGAACGUGAGAAGCAAGCGAAGCUAAAGGCUAUCGCAGACGAGCAGGCGGCGAAGAUGAAGCGGUUGGAGGAGGAGAUGAAGAGAGUACAACAAGAGGAGGAAGAAAGAAGAAAAGUUGCUGAAGCAGAAGCGGCAGCAGAAGAAGAGAAAGAGAAAAUGAGGAUUGAGCGUGGAGAAGGGAGCAGUGGUGGCACGAUGAAGUGGGAGACAGAUCCUGAGCUGGAGAAGAAGAUCGGCGAGUGGGUCGCUAAUUUAUCGUUGGGGGAAGACGAGGAGGCGGAGUCAUACGUGACUAAGGAUGAGAAGGCUGCGCUGGUCGCUGAGCUAGCAGCCCUGACGGACCCGAUGGAACGAAGAGAGAGGGAAGACGAGCAAAAGUUAGCAUGGAAGCUAAGAAUGAAGAGGGAGAAGAAGAGGAGGAGAGAGGAAGUGAAUAAGAUGACCGCAGCAGUGGCAAAGGUGCUGGCCCAGCCCGAUGAUAAGGCCAAGUGGGACAAGGCCCUACGCGGGUAUUUCUUUGACAAAUCUCAGCAGGCCGGCAUCACUUACGAUGCAUUGAGUAGAGAAGUCGUCCUGUACGAGUCGAAGUCCAUGCCAGUUACCACUUUCUGGCACAAAGACUUGGAGAAGGGGAAAAAGUGGAAGGACCGCACCAUCUCAGGCCAAGUUCAGGCCAAGGAUCACUUGAUCCUAACAUUAGAGGAAGGUGGAACGGACGAGGUCCCAUAUGAACAGAUUGAGUGGGGCCUAGGGGAAGAGGACAGUAGUGUGGGACAGGGGAGGUCUUAUACUGCUGUCGCGGCUGGAGGGAGGCCACAAGGUAGAGGAGGAGGCCAGGGCCAAAGGGGCCAGGCCAUGGGAAGCCGAGGACCGGGCGCGCAGGGGGUUGGCGGCCAAGGAAACCGCCAAGCAGGAGGCAGGGGUCAAGGUCCCCCGUCAAAUCGCCGAGGUUCAUUCCGGUCCCCACAGCAAGGAGGUGGAAGGGCACCUCAAGGUGGAUGGCACCCAGGCUUGCCGCAGGGCAGGCCCUGGGAAGACUUGGGCUUGGACCAGCGUAAAUGGCAACAACGCGUGGACUAGGGUCAGUGCGUAUUUUGUGGUGACCCGGGGCACGUAAUCAAAUUUUGUCCCAAGU